AUGCGUGCUGGUUCGACUCUCUGCCGUUUUUAUUCCUCGGCCAAACCCUUCCCUCGACGUUCUUUUCGACUCUCCACCUAUCCAGAACCAAGGAAGGCCUCGUCUUUUUGGACCAUCUCAUUCACCCUUCUUGCAGUUGGAGGAGGCGCCUGGCUCCAGGACAGAUACUACAACCCCAAGACAGUCGACGCUCCAUCGCCUAGACUCCCUCGACAAGAACAAUCCCAGAACUUCCUUGGCGUAAUUGAUACCCUCACGAUGCCCGCCGAACCAGCCCCCGGAACAGUGGGAAACCUCACCCCGGAACAAGAGAUCAAGUUGAAAGAAUUCUGGGUCCUCGCACUGAAAGUCUUUGGCCUCAGCCUCAGCGACAUCGAAGCCCCCAGCCGUCAAUCGACCAGCGAAGCCGCCGCCCCGGCUGCACAAGACAAGAAGAAGUCCAAGGGCAAGUGGUCAAUCUGGGGCAGCAAAGAUGAAGAUGACAGUGCUGGCGGCUCGCCAAUCGCCACACCCGAAGGCGAGGACAAGUACGGUCAGUCAAAGGAGUACAAGCAAGCCCUGGAAGACAUGAAGCCAGAGGAAAUCCGGACAGCCUUCUGGAGCAUGGUGAAAGGCGACAACCCCGACAGCCUGCUGCUGCGCUUCCUGCGCGCGCGCAAGUGGGACACGAAGAAGGCGCUCGUGAUGCUGAUCUCGACGAUGCGCUGGCGCCUGCAGGAGAUGCACGUCGACGAUGAUAUCAUGCUCAACGGCGAGGCGCUUGCGCUGAAGCAAGCACAGGGCUCGAACCCGAAGGAGAAGAAGAUGGGAGAGGAUUUCCUAACGCAGAUGCGUCUUGGAAAGAGUUUCUUGCAUGGGGUUGAUCGGGCUGGUCGACCUAUUUGUGUUGUCAGGGUCCGGUUGCAUAAGGCUGGUGAUCAGGAUAAUGAGGGUCUGGAGCGAUUCACGGUUUACACGAUCGAGACUGCGCGCUUGUUGCUUGCGCCGCCGAUUGAGACUGCUACGAUUGUCUUUGAUAUGACGGACUUUGGUCUUGCUAACAUGGACUAUGCUCCUGUCAAGUUCAUGAUCAAGUGCUUCGAGGCCAACUACCCCGAAUCCCUUGGUGCCGUCCUCAUCCACAAGGCACCCUGGCUCUUCUCGAGCAUCUGGAGCGUGAUCAAAGGCUGGCUCGACCCAGUAGUCGCAGCCAAAAUCCACUUCACGAAGAACCGCCAAGAUCUCGAAAAGUUCAUCCACCCUAGCCAAAUCAUGAAGGAACUCGAAGGCGACGAAGACUGGGAAUACAAGUACGUCGAGAUCCAGGGUGAUGAGAACCCCAAGAUGGCCGACAAGGAAACCCACGACACCCUGCAAGCCGAGCGUCAACAGCUGGCCAAGGAGAUUCAGGACAUCACCAUCGAAUGGAUCCGCGCCAGCUUCAAAAAGGAGACUGCUGCUGUCUCGGCUGCCGAGGAAAAGCGUAAUGAGUUGGUUGAGAAGCUCCGGAAGCAGUACUGGGUGAUUGACCCGUAUGUGCGUGCUCGCUCGUUGUAUGACCGAACUGGGAUUGUGAAGGGAGAUGGGAAGAUCGAGUUCUAUCCUGAUGCUAAGAAGGAUGCAUCUGCAUAG